AUGGUCACUACAAUAAUUCAAUUCAUGAAUAUAAAAAAGGACAAAUAUUUAGCAAAAUCAAAUUUAUUUGGACAUCAAUUUUCUGAAAAAGUGAGAUAAUUUUGA